AUGUCGCAAGCUGGUAUGAAUAAUAGCGCUAGCAUCAGAAGAAAGCUGGUGAUUGUGGGUGACGGUGCGUGUGGUAAAACCUGUCUAUUGAUCGUGUUCGCCAAGGGGAAAUUUCCUCAGGUGUACGUGCCUACCGUAUUUGACAACUAUGUCGCCGACGUGGAAGUGGACGGGCGUCGCGUCGAGCUCGCCCUAUGGGAUACGGCUGGGCAAGAAGACUACGAUCGUUUGAGACCUUUGUCGUACCCAGACUCUAAUGUGGUGCUGAUCUGUUUCUCUAUUGAUCUACCAGACUCUUUGGAGAAUGUGAUGGAGAAGUGGAUUUCCGAGGUCCUGCAUUUCUGUCAAGGUGUGCCCAUUAUCUUGGUUGGCUGCAAGGUUGAUCUAAGAAACGACUCUCAAGUCAUCGAAAACUUGAGAACCAACGGCCAAGAACCUGUUUCUCAGGCUUCUGCCCAGGAAGUUGCCGAACAAAUUGGUGCUGUCGAAUAUAUUGAAUGUUCCGCCAAGACCGGGUACGGUGUGCGCGAAGUCUUUGAAGCCGCCACCAGAGCUUCUCUCAUGGGCAAGCAAAACAAGAGCAAGAAAACCAAAUCUUCGGGCAAGAAAAAGAAGAAGUGUGUUCUAUUGUAA